GGGAGUGGCUGUUCCCUAGGGGCCGCCCCUGCAGUGGGCAGAAGUGCCACAGUAUUAAAGCAGCUGCCACACAGGACACACAGAUCAGGAGGUGGCCGGCAGGAGCUGAGCAGAGACCCAGCCAGGACUUAAUCAGAGAGACCAAGAGACUGCUAUUAUGGCGGGGAAGCCCAAGCUUCAUUACUUCAAUGGACGAGGCCGAAUGGAGUCCAUCCGGUGGCUCUUGGCUGCAGCUGGAGUAGAGUUUGAAGAGAUAUAUAUGAAAUCUGCAGAAGAUUUGGAUAAGUUAAGAAAUGAUGGGAGUUUGAUGUUCCAGCAAGUGCCCAUGGUGGAGAUUGAUGGGAUGAAGCUGGUGCAGACGAGGGCCAUUCUCAACUACAUCGCCAGCAAACACAACCUCUACGGGAAAGACAUAAAGGAGAGAGCCCUGAUCGAUAUGUAUACAGAAGGAGUAGCAGAUUUGUAUGAAAUGGUCCUGCUUUUCCCCCUAUGUCCGCCUGAUGGACGAGACGCCAACCUUGCCUCGAUCAAAGAGAAAACAACAAAUCGCUAUUUUCCUGCUUUUGAAAAAGUGUUAAAGAGCCACGGACAAGACUACAUGGUUGGCAACAGGCUGAGCAAAGCUGAUGUCCUCCUGGUGGAACUUAUCUACACCGUGGAAGAGCUGGACCCCAGCCUUACCACCAACUUCCCUCUGCUGAAGGCCCUGAAAACCAGAAUCAGCAACCUACCCACCGUGAAGAAGUUUCUGCAGCCUGGCAGCCAGCGGAAGCCUCCCUUGGAUGCAAAAACCUUAGAAGAAGCCAAGAAGAUUUUCAGGUUGCCAUAAAGCUGGUGCAGGGAUGAGGCAGACGCAAGACCAAUGUGCAGCAUUUUGCAGCCAUGGAGUGCUGGUUGAAUUGCUGAUUGUGACUACUGUGAAGCCCAUAAACUUUUAAAAUCGUAUGCUAAUCAAGUCAUAAAAGUUCUAUGAGCUGAUUUAGUUGAAAUUCAUUCCUUUUUACUUAUUUUUAUUCCUUUUCGUUUAAAUCUGAUAUGAAAUGAGACUUCCAAUAUCCUCUAACCUCUUCUCUCUUGGAAUUAAAUGUAUUGUGCAAAAGGAAAAUGUACAUUAUGUUGUUUGCUUCCCAUUUCCAGAGAUUGUCCUGUAAUAUUUGUUAUGUGACCUAUCAAAAAAUUAUGAAUGAAAAUUUAAAUUUGA